AUGAGCACUUAUUCCGAUCCAUAUGCUGUCAAGCUAACUUCCGGCGUUCUGAUCACUUGUGACUCGGCAGCUAAACAAAUAUUAUUACAUAUCGAUUCUCAACGCGACGGACCGAGUAAAUUCAUUUUACGGGAUAUCGAUGAAACACACGUUUUGGUCAAGAAAGAACAUAUUGAAAUUAUGAAAGAUCUUCUUCAAGUUGAAGUCAGUUUUCUCUCUUGA